AUCCAAAAACCGAAAAUCGAGACUCAGUCUUCGGUUCGAGCUCAGGCAACAACGUCGUCGCUGGUCGGUUGAGAAGAAAAGAAUCGUAGAAAUCGAGUAGAAAACGAGUAGAUUUGCCGAGUAAGCGAGAGAGCUAUAGCAGACCUCUCUGUCUCAGACACAAUCCUGAAACUGGCUGGGCUUUUUGGCCAAACUGUGCGUGAAAUUGCCAGCAACCAGAAACAAAUACAAAUUUGAAUUUAAAAUUGGAACUAAAAUAAAAGCUAUGUCAUAAUGGAGCCAAUGACCAUGCUGGUAUUGGCCUUCCAGCUGCUGGCCCUCUUCUCGAUCGCCGGCGCGCUGCUCAUCUACAUGAUCUGCAAGGUGCGGGAGGACAGAGAGGAGUCCAGUGACGAGAUGCAGUCGACUCGGAUCGUCCUAGUGACCAGUGCCGACACCGCCCUGGGCCUCCAGCUGUGCACCCAUUUGGCGAACAAGGGCUGCCGGGUGUUUGCCGGCAUGAAGGAGGUGCACGACUCGCUGCCAGCCAAGUUGCUCUGCGGCUGGAUGAAGAUCCGGGAGUAUAGCGAGGAGCCCAUUGACGGGACCAUUAUUCCGAUGCGUCUGGAUGUGACGCGGGAGGAUGUGCUGCGGGAGGCCACCGUGGCGAUGGGCGCCCACCUGAAUGUCGACGAACACGGCAUCACCGCCGUCAUCAACACCAGCGGCAGUGUGUUCCGCGGCAAGGUCGAGUCCCAGGACGUGCAGCAGUGGGAGCACAUGCUGAAGACCAAUAUCCUGGGCACGCUGCGUGUGGCCAAGGCCUUUGUGGGCUUCCUGCGUCCCACCCGCGGACGCCUCCUGUACUUGGGCGGUGGUGGUAGUAGUGGUGGCAGCGCUCUUACCGGUGGCGAGGGACUGGUGGCCUUCAAUGCCUCCCGCGUCGCUGUGGACAAGUGUGCCGAGGAGCUGCGCAAGGAGCUGCAGCCCUAUGGUGUCAGUGUGGUGGCCCUGGAUACUUGCGGCAUGACCGCCGAGUCCUUGUACAAAGCUCCAGUGGCACAGACCAUGUCCGCUACGGCCGGAGCUCCCACGCAGUACACCGCCGAUGUCCUGAGUCCCGGCGCCCUCCAACAGAUCGAGCGGGCCCUGUGGGACUUUACGCCGCAGCAACGUUAUCCGCUGAUGGGUAACAAGUACCAAUUCACGUUGCCAUGCCGCUCCUCGCUGCGGGUCUCCGCCACGCAGUCGGUUUGAAAGAUACCCUCGGAAUUAAUCACCGAACUAUUCUCUGGAGUCUACCUGUAU